UAAUGUUCAAACUCACCGGCUGUCAAAAAGCUCGCGGGGGUUGAUCCACGGCGGUUAGACAGAGCAGGAAAUUAACGUUAACUCAACCGCCCCCUUACUCAACGGAUUUUACAACGGGUUUUUUUUGGCAGUUUUUUACCCAGUCAUGUGAUUGUAACGUAAAACCCCUAACCGGAAAACAGCGACGGACGACCCUCUCCGCCGCCAACGAAUGCUGCGUUUGCAAGGAACAGUAGAAGCCGCUGCGAGCCCAGAGAGGACGGACCCGGUAACAAACAAACAACGGCGACACGGCAAACUCCACGGAUUUACGCAGAGUGCAGGUUGAAGAAUGGAGUUGGCCAACCAUGGUCUUAUCCUGCUGCAGCAGCUUAACGCUCAGAGGGAGUUUGGCUUCCUGUGCGACUGCACUGUGGCUAUCGGAGAUGUCUUCUUCAAGGCCCACAAAGCUGUCCUCGCUGCAUUCUCAAACUACUUCAGAAUGCUCUUCAUUCAUCAGGACAGUGACUGUGUGCGCUUGAAGGCCGCGGACAUACAGCCAGAUAUCUUCAGCUACCUCCUCAACCUGAUGUACACAGGCAAGCUAGCCCCCCAGCUGAUAGACCCUGCACGCCUGGAGCAGGGGGUCAGAUUCCUGCAUGCCUACCCACUACUGCAGGAGGCCAGCCAGUCUGUGUAUUCACACUCUGAGCAGCACAACGUCAACCUGUCCACCUCCCUCUACGGCAUCCAGAUAUCAGACCAGCAGGUUGGGCUGUCGGCUCGAAUGCCCACUCGACGGCAGCUCUCUUCUCCCUUCGACAUGGAGCAGCUCAGCUCGGAGGGGAAGUUUCCGUCCAUUCCAGCCGCCACAACUUCAUUCGCAAACUCCUUACUGUCCAAGCUUAAUUCCUCAUCCCAGGACAUGGAGGCCUCGACCAGUGGCACCAAGCCUGCAUUGCAGGAGGGGGGAAUGGACUUGCUAAGUGCAGAUGGUUCCUCAGCCAGUGCCAUCCUCAAUGUAAAGCCCAGCAUCAUGAAGAGGAAUUCCUCCUUCAGGAAGCAUUACUCCUGUCAUCUGUGCCGGAGUCGAUUCAACCAGAGGAGCCUGCUGAGAGAACAUCUCUUCCAACACACCCAGACUCCACAUCAGGCACCGUGCGAGCCCAGCAACGCUCUCUCGCCCACCAUGAGCCGAAAUAAUAGCAUGCUCGAGUUAGAGGGGAUCCUGAAGGGAUGCAAGUCGGGGUUCAAUGCAUCGGCUGCCACUACAGCAGUAGAGGUGAUCAGCGACAGCGAGCAAACGCCUGUUUCAGGGACCAACUCAGACUCUCCCCGGGCCGAGGUGUCCACCUCCAGCUGGGGGGUGGGGGGAAUGAACUCUCAGGCUGACACACCGCCUCCGUCAGACAUUGCAGACAUCGACAACCUGGAGAGCGCCGACCUGGACAGGGAAGUGAAGCGGCGGAAGUACGAAUGCUCCACCUGCGGGCGUAAGUUUAUUCAAAAGAGCCACUGGCGCGAACACAUGUACAUCCACACGGGGAAGCCCUUUAAAUGCAGCGCAUGUGGCAAGAGCUUCUGCCGGGCCAACCAGGCGGCCCGCCACGUGUGCCUGAACCAGGGGGUGGACUCCUACACCAUGGUGGACCGGCAGAGCAUGGAGCUGUGCGCUGCCGGCGACGACAGCAGCCAGAUGGAGGCCAUGUUCAUGGGCUCGUCGAAGCCUUACAAGUGUAACAUUUGUGCGACCACCUUCUCCAGUCCCAACGAGGUGAUCAAACACUUGUGCUUUACUCAAGGGGGGUUAGUGGGGCUGCAGGGGGCCGCCGACGCAGGGAUGCUGCUGCAGCGCGAAGAGCUCUCCAAAGAUGAAGGCUCGGAUUUGUCCAACUCUGGCACCCCACUGGAACCCAUAAAGACUGAGGAAAUCCUCGUAGAGUAGUGCCAAAGCUAUGUGUUGGUCCCUUUUAACAUGUGUGUUUGCUUUCUAAAUUAUGGUUAAUAGGUAAGCUAAAGGUGAAGCUAGUCAGGGUAUGUAUGUUUGAGGUUCUCAAUCUACUAAAACUGUCUUUUUCCUUUCUUUUCUUUUCGUUUUGGUACAGUAUUUUUGGAGUUUUUUUACCCUAAAUAUGACUAAAAGUGCAUUGCCUUUAGCGCUCUGGAAGUCAGACCUCUCUAGAGUAAAAAGUAAAUAUUAACAUUUGACUCGAGGCUAAGUUGAACACAAAUGAGGGAGAUUUUAAUUGUUACUUUAUUUCUUCUCAUAAUUUUAUUGUUAAUGAUAUAAUCCAUUGAUAUGUCAGGCUGUUACAAAUGAAAUGUUCUUAACAGUUUAAGGUGUGGUAAGGCUGCACACGCAGAUGUUGAGUACAAGAGGAAGAGGAAGCUCAGUUCCGGAAACGGCAUGCUGUGAGAGGGGUUUUCUGUGCUAGCUUUUUGAGGAGAAAGAGUUGCAAUUAAAGAACCUUCUGGAGCUGCACAGAAGAGUUGUUUCUUCAUGGUCAUACAUUUGAGGCUUAUUCUGCAGAUCAGGUAUAAAUUAUAAGUCUAUCUUAAAGCACAAAACAUAUUCAGACCUGAGACAAUCCGUGCUCUUUUUUUUUAGUAGAAGCCCGAUAUGCAGGAAAGAAAAUGUGUCUUCCAUUCAUGUUUUGGUUGGCUUUAUGGCCCAGAAAAACUGAUAACGUGAAAUGUUUAUUUAUGACCAUUGUAUGCAUCCUUCUCUGCAAACAUUUAGUUGUUUUAAUCUGUGUUUUGUUCACUGUGCUAAGUGUGAUUAUGUUUCCCAUGUCCUUACAUCUUAUUAAAGCACAAUUGCUUUUCAUAAUUUGGGUUUGGCCACAGAAAAUUGAUAACGACAAGUAAGAGCAUUCCUUGUGUUUACAGCUGAGCCACUUUGAUUCUUUUUCUAAAUGUACACACCUUAAUGGGAAGCUGUCCUUUAAAAGAUUUGACAUCUUGUCUUCGUAUAAUUUGCCUCAAUCUUAAAGUCCUUACAUUUUGGUUUGACAUGCUUUUAUACAAUGCUAUAUUUACAAAGAUUACUUUAUAUUGCAAAGGUUUCUAUUAGUAGACAUAUAGUUUUACAUAGACUACAGAUUACAUUUCAUUUAGCAAAAAUGUAUGUAUUAAGGAUGGGCAUGAUACAUGUAUGUUUUAACUUCUUAAAGAGAUCCAUUAGAAUAAAAAAUGUUAUUUUGUGUUUUAAGCCUCGCCCCCUUGCCAAAUUUGUGCCAAAUGGUAAGCUUCUUGACCAUUGUGUACUAAGAGAAAUGUUUUAAUCUUACCGUCUGACAUUUUUAUAAUUUAAGAAAUCAGAAGAAAAGUGUUAAUUACAUUUUUUUUUUUUAAAUUAACAUGAUGAACUGUGAUGAGUUUAUGUGCUCCAUCUGUUGUUGUGGAUAAUAAACAAACAGGAACUACUGAUUACUCGAAAAUAAUAAAAUCUGUACAAACAUGUCCAGUAAUGUGAUUUGUCACGAUGAAACAUGUCAUAGUCAAAAAGCGAAAUUCAGGUUUUUCAGGAACAUAAUUCAAAAGACCCCUUUAUACUGAGAUUAUGUUUUUUUGCAUAUCAAGAUGAACAAUAUUUUAGGGAGACUUGUUAAAACCUUUAUUGUUAUUGUUUCUUUAAAUGAAAAAUAAAUUCUACAUUGUAUUGUUAUUGCAAUUACUUUUUUGCUGCAAAAAACGAAGCAACACUUAAGGCUACAAAAACCAAAAAACAUUUCUUAGUCUGGCAUUCCUCUUCCUAAUCUUACUGCCAGAGAGCUGUCACGAGAGCUACUUAUCCUAGAGACCAAAUUAACAAUUCAGAAGACUUAUAAUAUAAAGUUAUUUAUUGUGCCAUGGAGAAGCUCAAUCAUACAUGUAGAAGGUAUUUUAAAUGUAGAAAUAUGCCCAUCCCUAGUAUGUUUCAUAUUCAGUUUUUUUCUUUUAUGCCAAUUGGAUUCAGCUUGUGACAGUGGGGGAUGAAGCCCAUUUUCAAUUAGUUAUUUUCAAUAAAAAAUCCAACUAUAUUAGGUAUUGAAUAGCAGGAGCUGCUGUGAUAGCCCGGCGGUCAGCUAGGUGGAGCUGUUUGUCUUAUUGGUCUACUCAGGUUUAGUGAGGCUGUCCAAUUUGAAGUAAUGUCUUCACAAAUGUUUUUGUGAUUUGUUGGCCAAAUAUAUGACCAUAUUUGCCAUGUUUCAUUAGUCCUUACCAUAAAAGAAACCCUCAAAUGUCUGUGAAUUUAUUCUUAAGUGUUUAGUGUUGACCAAUAAAAAGGAUUCUUGUUUGUUUCUUUUAUUCAAGCUUGUUUUGUUGAGGCAACUGAACGCUGUACUACUGACAUUAAUUUAUCAGAGUUGAAUUGAAACACAUACAUAUGCACAGCUUUUUGAAAGGUUUAAACCCUUCUGUUCUCCUGCCACACCAGUCUUGUAAUGUAAUGGUUUGUGUGUUAAACAUCUCCGUGUCUCAGGAAGAUGACGAGUUUGACAUUGUGGUUUCUGUCCAAACUAUUAUUUCAAACCCAUAUCCGUGCUCCCCGAUGGCCAACUGACAUGUACUGUGAUCAGUCUGUGUUCUCAGGGAUGUGAGGUAUUUUCUGUAUAAACAAUUGUCAUGUUUUGUUUUCUUGAAUGAAGAAUGAACAAUAAAAACAUGUCUUUUUUUUAA